UGUGCUCGUUACACUUUAUGGCAAUAAUGCGCUUUUCUGAGUUGGUCACCGCUGUUAAACCCCAACGAAGAAGAAAAGACAUGGCUGCGCGCUGACAACUGUGACAUUAGUUCUGGACAUCGCGACCAAAACAAGCAGUUUAUCAUAUUUUUAAACUAAACUCUACUGACAUAUUACCCAGACAAAGUGUGCUCGUCAAGAGACCUCAAAAGGGUUUUUAAAGUACUCAACUGGCACCAUGGUCCAUCUGACGUCGCAGCUAUUAAAGCGGUACCAUGGGGGUUACGUGGUCAUCCGUAUGGCCCUAGCGGGCCACAAGCAAGCCAACAGACCCUUCUACCGUAUCGUGGCGGCGUACAACAAGCGGGCAAGAGACGGCAAGUACAUCGAGCAGCUAGGAACGUACGACCCGCUGCCCAACGUGCACAAUGAGAAACUGGUCAGCUUCAACUGGGACCGCAUCAAGUACUGGAUUGGCUGUGGUGCACACCCUACCAAACCUGUGGCAAAACUUCUAGGUUUAGCAGGCUUUUACCCGCUCCAUCCCAUGACUGUGACGGAGAUGGAACGCCGGCGAGCCCGAGAGACACAGACCGAAACGGAAGCCAAAAAAAGUAUAGAGACGGAAGUGUGAUGGGGUUGUGAUGUCAUGGCAGCGCACAAAGACUGUUUUUGUACAUUGUAUAUUAUGUUUGACACAUGCUUGAUACACUGUGGAAUUAAAAGUG